AUGCCUGGAGCGGGAAAACACCACAUAGUUGGAGCGCCACAUCAUAUGCCUGGAGCGGGAAAACACCACAUAGGUGGAGUGCCACAUCAUAUGCCUGGAGCGGGAAAACACCACAUAAGUGGAGCGCCACAUCAUAUGCCUGGAGCGGCAAAACACCACAUAGUUGGAGCGCCACAUCAUAUGCCUGGAGCGGGAAAACAUCACAUAGGUGGAGCGCCACAUCAUAUGCCUGGAGUGGGAAAACACCACAUAGGUGGAGCGCCACAUCAUAUGCCUGGAGCGCCACAUCAUAUGCCGGGAAAACACCACAUAGGUGGAGCGCCACAUCAUAUGCCUGGAGCGGGAAAACACCACAUAGGUGGAGCGCCACAUCAUAUGCCUGGAGCGGGAAAACACCACAUAGGUGGAGCGCCACAUCAUAUGCCUGGAGUGGGAAAACACCACAUAGGUGGAGCGCCACAUCAUAUGCCUGGAGCGGGAAAACACCACAUAGGUGGAGCGCCACAUCAUAUGCCUGGAGCGGCAAAACACCACAUAGUUGGAGCGCCACAUCAUAUGCCUGGAGCGGGAAAACAUCACAUAGGUGGAGCGCCACAUCAUAUGCCUGGAGCGGGAAAACACCACAUAGGUGGAGCGCCACAUCAUAUGCCUGGAGCGGGAAAACACCACAUUGGUGGAGCGCCACAUCAUAUGCCUAGAGCGAAAAAAACACUAGAUUGGUGGGGCGCCACAUCAUAUGCCUAG